UGUUCCUUUUUUUCCCAAUCCAUGGGUUUCAGGUGUCAAAGUGAGAAGAAAGAAAUAAGAUAGAGAAAGAAAUAAAAGAAAGAAUGAGAGAGGGAGGGGGAAGGAAUCAGACCCUACACCGUUGACAAAAUUAGGUAGUGACUCACUCUUCAUUCUUCCUAUAAUUCUUUUUUUUCUUUUCCACUUCUUAAUUCUUAUUUUUGCUUUCUUUUGUUCACUGAUUUUGUAGUAAUAACUAAUAAUUAUAAAUAUUACUAUUAUUACUAGAGAGUGCGCGCUCGCCUGUGAUGCGUUGCGUUGCCUCAGAUUCAGGCAACUCAUGGUGGUAUGUGGAAAAGGGUGUCAUCUUUUUAGGGUUUCCUUGUGAUUCUUGAGACUUUACCUUUUUUCUGGGUUUCUUUCUCAUGACCCUCCUUCUUCUUUCUUGUGUUUAGAGAUAUGGGGCGUUUUUGUUUUUGAAAUAUGUUUCCUUUUAACUGGUGGGGUUUAGUGCAAUCUGUUUUUGUUCAGAUAAAGUUUGUAUUUUUUGUUUUUGUUUUAAUGUUUUUCAGGAUGUUUCUCCCUCACUAGAGUUGACAAAGGUAGAUGAAGUUGAUAAUGCUAGAGAAGGGUGUGGUGUGGCACUUAGCUUAGCUAUUUAUGAUUGCAAUUUUUCCAAAAAUGGAAGUUUGGAUUCGUUGAUGUUGACCGGAUCUGAGUACCCCAUUUCACUAUCACCACCUUUUAGCUAUAGUUCAUGCCUUGCAUCGCCUGAAUUUGCUUCCCCUUUUGUCUUAUAGGGUUCAUUAGGAAUGGAAAAUGCCUCCCUUUCACAUUCUUAGAUCCUAUUCAAUCAAAAAAGCAGGUGCUAAUUUAGUUGAAGUAUGACAGGUUUUGUGUUGGCAGAGGGGUGGGAGGGUAACUUUUUGUCCUACUUAGAUAGGGAUUUCAAUGGAGGAGAUGUCCUUUAUUGUUGUGGUGCCAUUAAGAGUAGGUAAUUGUAAUUGUAAUUCAGUCUGUGAUAACCCAACCAUAGUUCCCCACAUGGAUGUAUCCAGAUUUAAGCUGAUGGCGGACACGGGGUUGUUAUCUAAUUCUGUAACUAAGGUUUUCACCGAGACAGUUGCAAGUUUGGAUGAUUGUCAUGAUAGUGGCAAUUUGGAGGAUGAAGUUGGUAUUGCUGAAGUCAUACCACCAAAACAGGAUAGGGAGGGAGAGAGUCCUAUGUUGGAUACAAUAUCCCAAAAUAGAAGCACUUUGGCUGCUGGCGAUGAAGAGUUAACCACGGAAAUUGAGGAGGAUUCAUUGUCGUUGGAAGGUGACCAGUUUGUUGAUAGCUCGUGUUCUCUUUCAGUAGUCAGUGAGAACAGUAGUGUGUGUGGAGAGGAGUCCUUCUGUUUUGAUGCUACUUCGGAUGUUGGGACACCGUGUUCCGCAGACGUAGAGAAGAGCAUCAGUGCUGUCAAUAUUGUAGCUGAGGCUGUUGACUUGGGGGAGUCAAAUAUUGACCCAGAUAUUAUGACUGAUCCUCUUGCUGUGGCAGUGAGCCUUGAAGAAGAGACUGGAGUUAGAUCUGGCCCAAAGUCUUCUGCUGUUGAUCUUCAUCAGUUGCCUCAGGAAAAAGGGGUGAGUGGAACAGUUGGUCGGAGUGUUUUUGAAUUGGAUUAUACCCCACUUUAUGGAUUCAUAUCUAUGUGUGGAAGAAGACCUGAGAUGGAAGAUGCAGUUGCAACUGUACCUCAGUUUCUGAAAAUUCCUAUUCACAUGCUAAUUGGUGAUCGGGUUAUUGAUGGAAUAAACAAGUGUUUUAAUCAGCAGAUGACCCAUUUCUUUGGAGUCUAUGAUGGUCAUGGUGGCUCUCAGGUUGCAAACUAUUGUCGUGAUCGUAUCCAUUUGGCCUUGACUGAGGAAAUAGAAUUUGUAAAGGAAGUUAUGAUCAGUGGAAGUAUGAAGGAUGGUUGUCAAGAUCAGUGGGAAAAAUCUUUCACCAAUUGUUUCUUAAAGGUCAAUGCUGAAGUUGGAGGGCAAUUUAAUAAUGAACCUGUUGCCCCGGAAACUGUUGGCUCCACUGCUGUUGUUGCUGUUAUUUGUGCAUCUCAUAUCAUAGUUGCAAAUUGUGGUGAUUCACGAGCGGUUCUAUGUCGUGGCAAAGAACCCAUGGCAUUAUCAGUGGACCAUAAACCUAACCGAGACGAUGAAUAUGCAAGAAUUGAGGCAGCUGGAGGAAAGGUGAUUCAAUGGAAUGGCCAUCGUGUAUUUGGUGUUCUUGCAAUGUCAAGGUCUAUUGGCGAUAGAUAUUUGAAGCCAUGGAUUAUUCCAGAACCAGAAGUUACGUUUGUUCCCCGUACAAAAGAUGACGAGUGUCUCAUUCUGGCCAGCGAUGGUCUGUGGGAUGUUAUGACGAAUGAGGAGGUGUGUGACCUUGCUCGGAAACGAAUAAUUCUCUGGUACAAGAAAAAUGGCUUGGAACAACCCUCAUCAAAAAGGGGAGAGGGAAUUGAUCCUGCUGCACAAGCAGCAGCAGAAUACCUAUCAAACCGUGCCCUUCAGAAAGGAAGCAAAGAUAACAUCACUGUGAUUGUGGUUGAUUUGAAACCCUAUAGAAAAUAUAAGAGCAAGACAUGAUGAUGAUUGCAACUUCACUUGUUAUUGAAGAUGAUAGAAAGCUUAAUAUAAUCCAAUAUAGUUUUGCCCUCUUAUUUUUCACCAGGGCAUUUCCCUUAGCUCAACAAGAUUAGCACAAUGUACUAUAAUACAUAUCCACCUUCCCCAGAAACUCUUAACUAAUCAAGAGUCGCCUUGUUGUUUACUAUGCUGCAUUGGGGACUUGUUGUAUUCAUUAUUAUGCCUCCGAGUGCAAAGGCUCUGUGAGGUAUUUUUACUUAAUAUUAUUUUAGCCCGUGUGUUCAUAAAGGAGCAGUAGCUGAUUGGCAAGAGUGGCUUUUACCUGAUUAUCCUCUCAAUUAUGCAGUAAAAUGGAGCUUGGUCAAGAAGUUUGUGUCGGUGGUGGAUUCAUAUCAAUGGUCGUGAUCCAAGUCCAUUGCUUACAUUAUUAUACUCUAGCAAUGAUGGUGGGGGACAUAUAGACAAGGGUGCCUAAGAAGAAUCACAGUUCCUUUAUUCUUUUUGGGGACUAUGAAUGAAUGGUGUACCUGUGCAUAAUGUUGCGAUGCUCCACGUAAUUCUGAAAGUAACUAGUUGUAAAUGGGCAAUUGGCUAAUCAAUUAAUUGGUGUACUCUGAUGAUGCAUUCUUCUCUCAAGGAAUACUUUGUUAUCUUUUACUAAGUUUUGAUGAAAAGUAGUUUCACUUAA